UAGUGAGAAUUGGGGAAAGCGCUUAUUCCCUCAAUCGAAGAGAAAAAAAAGGGGGAAAGAAAAAUGAGUAGAGUGAUAUGCAAAUUCAUACUAUCACCCUCUAUCCUUGCUACUCAGCUCCGCUUCGCUUCUCUUUGCACCGCCGCCUCAAGGGCUUCGCGAAUGGCGGCUGAAGCUUCUUCUUCUUCUUCUCCACCUUCACCUUCCCCUUCCGCCGCCGUCGAUUUUCUCACUCUUUGCCACCGUCUCAAGACGACAAAGCGAGCAGGAUGGGUAAAAAGGGGGGUUCAGGAACCAGAAUCGAUAGCUGAUCACAUGUAUCGGAUGGGAUUAAUGGCUCUUAUAGCUUCUGAUAAUUCUAGUGUCAACCGUGAAAAGUGUAUAAAAAUGGCAAUCGUGCAUGACAUUGCUGAAGCUAUAGUUGGUGAUAUCACUCCUUCUGAUGGGGUUCCAAAGGAAGAAAAGAGUCGACGUGAGCAAGAAGCAUUGCAGAAAAUGUGUGAACUACUUGGAGGAGGUGAACGAGCUCAGGAGAUCAAAGAAUUGUGGAUGGAGUAUGAAGAGAAUUCUUCUAUGGAAGCUAAGGUUGUGAAGGACUUUGACAAGGUGGAGAUGAUACUGCAAGCUUUAGAGUAUGAAAAUGAGCAGGGGAAAGAUUUGGAAGAGUUUUUUGAGUCAACUGCAGGGAAGUUCCAAACAGAUAUGGGAAAAGCUUGGGCUCUGGAAAUAGCAUCAAGGAGGAAAAAACACGCGCCUAAUACCAUUCCCAAAUGAGGAUUCUAGAGUCACCUUCUUUCUGUAGGUGGAGUCGUGAGCUUUUCACAUUCAACUAGCAGUGGUUUUUAGGAUUUGAGUUUCCAGAAUAAUACACAGAUUGGGAUAAUAAAUAAUAUUCUGAUAUUAUUUUUAAAAUUUUCCUUUGUUCUCUGAUUGGGACAAAUAAAUAUAUAGGCCAUGAUGCUUUUAUGAUUUUGCAAAAA